AUGCCCUCCGCAUCCUCCGCACCGGCAGCUUCCUCUCUCUCCUCCGGCCCCAAAACCCUCACCCAGAACUCCUCCAUCUACGACAUCGCCCACACAGUCUGGCAGCAGUACCUGGCGACCACGCCGCAGCGCACAAUGCUGCUAGAUGCGUUCAUGGGAUUCUUGGUGCUUGUCGGUGGUGUGCAGUUUGUUUAUUGUGUCGUUGGGGGGAAUUAUCCGUUCAAUGCCUUCCUGAGUGGUUUCUGUGCUGCCGUUGGUCAGUUUGUUCUUACGGCUAGUUUGAGGAUGCAGACUAGUGGUGGUUCGACUUCUGGUGUUUCGCCUGAGAGGGCAUUCGCGGAUUAUGUCUUUGGGAGUCUGAUUCUGCAUUUCUUCUGUAUUAACUUCAUUAACUAG